AUGACUGUCAAUCUCCCUCGGACUGGGGCUCCAUGCAAGAUCUCACCUCGUGGGGUCUCAAUGAUCCUAAGAAAGGUGAGAAAUCAGCCCAGAACUACACGGGAGGAGCUGGUCAAUGACCUGAAAAGAGCUGGGACCACCGUUUCCAAGGUUACUGUUGGUAAUACACUAAGAUGUCAUGGUUUGAAAUCAUGCAUGGCACGGAAGGUUCCCCUGCUUAAACCAGCACAUGUCAAGGCCCGUCUUAAGUUUGCCAAUGACCAUUUGGAUGAUCCAGAGGAGUCAUGGGAGAAAGUCAUGUGGUCAGAUGAGACCAAAAUAGAACUUUUUGGUCAUAAUUCGACUAACCGUGUUUGGAGGAAGAAGAAUGAUGAGUACCAUCCCUACUGUGAAGCAUGGGGGGGUGGUGGCAUCAUGCUUUGGGGGUGUUUUUCUGCACAUGGGACAGGGCGACUGCACUGUAUUAAGGAGAGGAUGACUGGGGCCAUGUAUUGCGAGAUUUUGGGGAACAACCUCCUUCCCUCAGUUAGAGCAUUGAAGAUGGGUCGAGGCUGGGUCUUCCAACAUGACAAUGACCCGAAGCACACAGCCAGGAUAACCAAGGAGUGGCUCUGUAAGAAGCAUAUCAAGGUUCUGGCGUUGCCUAGCCAGUCUCCAGACCUAAACCCAAUAGAGAAUCAUUGGAGGGAGCUCAAACUCCGUGUUUCUCAGCGACAGCCCAGAAACCUGACUGAUCUAGAGAAGAUCUGUGUGGAGGAGUGGGCCAAAAUCCCUCCUGCAGUGUGUGCAAACCUGGAUGCAGAGGUUGUGUGUAGAGAGCUGGACUGUGGAGCUCCUGUACAGGUGCUGGGAGAAGAUGCUUUUGGCAAAGGAGACGCUCAGAUGUGGACACAAGAGAUUCAGUGCAGAGGAAAUGAGCCUUAUAUAUCUGUCUGUCCAACAUCAUCUUCUCUCAAACACACCUGUACCGAUGAUAAUGACGUACGACUGUCCUGUUCCGGUUACACAGAGCUCAAAUUAGUGAAUGGUUCAGAUUCCUGUUCUGGUCGAGUUGAGCGUCAGUACUUCAGUAAAUGGGGCACAGUGUGUGAUGCAUGCUGGGAUAUGAGAGCUCCCAGUGUCCUCUGUAGACAGCUGAAUUGUGGGAUUGCUGUGUCUGUGGUGGGAUCAAACUGGUUUGGAGAGGGAGUUGGUGAAAUCUGGGCUGAUGUGUUUGAUUGUGACGGGAAUGAAACAAAACUCUCAGAAUGUUCCGUCUCUUCAUGGAGUCGAGCUGAAUGUUCUCAUAGACGAGAUGUUGGACUCGUCUGCUCUGAUUCCUCUCUGGCGGUUCAUGACGGUCUGGUGCGGUUGUCUGGAGAGAGACAGUGUGAGGGGGAGCUGGAAGUUUCCAUCCAUCAGGUCUGGAGGAGAGUUCUGCUGGACUCCUGGAGUCUCACUGAAUCCUCUGUUGUCUGCAGACAGCUGGGCUGUGGCUCUGUGCUGAACUUCUCCGGCUCCUCUUCAUCCAGUCCUGAACACAGUCAUGAGUGUGUGACGGGCUUCCAGUGCUCUGGGAGUGAAGCUCAUCUGGGGAACUGCAGCUCUCCACAAACCCUCAACUGCAGCUCCACACAACAGCUGUCAAUCACCUGCCUUGGCCGCGGGUCCAUCAGGCUGGUGGGUUCUGGGGGAGACUGUGCAGGGAGACUGGAGGUUUUUCACAGCGGCUCAUGGGGGACAGUGUGUGAUGACUCCUGGGAUAUUAAAGAUGCCCAUGUGGUGUGCAGACAGCUGCAGUGUGGAGUGGCCCUCAGUAACCAGCAGGUACCAGCCUGGUUUGGUCCUGGUUCUGGACCCAUAUGGCUGGAUGAGGUGGAGUGUGAGGGGAAUGAGACGUCCCUGUGGAACUGCUCUUCUCCAGGCUGGGGGAAACAUGACUGUCAACACAAGGAGGAUGUAGGAGUCGUGGGCUCAGAGUUUAAAGAGAUCAGGUUAACUGAGGGCUGUGAAGGGAAUAUGGAGGUUUUCUACAAUGGAUCCUGGGGUAAUGUAUGCUGGAACCAGAUGAACAGAGACACAGUGAGUCUGAUCUGUCAAGAGCUGAACUGUGGAAGAUCUGGUGUUUUGUCUGAUUCUACACCAAGACUGGAAUCAGCUCGUAACUGGCUGGAUGAAGUGAAAUGUCGACCACAUGAUUUAAAUCUGUGGCAGUGUCCAUCUUUACCCUGGGGACAGAACUACUGUAGUAAAGAUGAAGUGGCCAAAAUCACCUGUUCAAAGGAGGAAAAUCCUCAGUCUCCUCAGAGUCGUCUGACAUGUUCCACCUCACCAUCUCCUCACCAGAGACAGUGUUCAAAUCAUGUUCCUCUCAGACUGAGUGGAGGUUUGGGCCGGUGCUCUGGGAGGCUGGAGGUGUAUCAUAACGCUGUGUGGGGUUCAGUCUGUGCUGAUCUGUGGGACAUCAGCGAUGCUCAGGUGGUCUGCAGGCAGCUGGGUUGUGGAGACGCACUGAGGGCUGAUGGGAAUUCAGUCUUUGGUGCUGGUGAAGGUGUUGUGUGGCUGAACAGAGUCGAGUGCAGAGGGAAUGAGAUUCACCUGUGGAGUGGAACUGUCCUCUCUCCCUGAAGAACCACACUGACUGUUCUCACAAAGAGCACGCUGGACUCACAUGUGCAGAUGUGUCAGUGUCCACUACUCCUGCCACAACAACAUCAGCUUCUCCUCCAGUUUCUCAGACAGUGCGCUCAACAUCAGUCACUCCUCCACAAACUCCUCCAGCAGCGUCUCUCUCUGUGCUUGUGGUUGUACUGGGAGUUUUGCUCUUACUGCUCUUAGUGCCACUGCUUAUACUGGUUCAGCAGAACAGAGUGAUGAGGAGAGCUCUCUCUAAGAGGAGACACAGGACGACGACUGAGGCCGUUUAUGAGGAGCUUCAUCACAGACACAAUCACUUCACUCAGAGAGUGGACACACCAGAGGAUUAUGAUGAUGUCAUCAUUAAUGGACAGAAUGCUCUAGAUGUAACAGAGGGAGAUCAGGAGGAGUAUGAUGAUGUGAAGAACAGCAAUGAAGAU